UUGCAAUCUUAGACACUUUUUGCGACCCAAGAUGCCUUCUGCCAGCGUUGUGUCGACCGAAGAGCUCUCAGCAUCGGAAGCCAAAUGGAUAACCUUGAAGCGAAUCAACUGGAAGGACCAGACUGGCAAAGAUCGGACCUGGGAAUGUGCUGAACGGAAGACCCGAGGAUCCUCUGGGAUAGACGCGGUCGCGAUCUUGUCCAUUAUCAAAUCGAAGACGAACGCAUUCCCGCCAUCUACAGUUAUCAUCGAGCAAUUCCGUCCCCCGGUUAAUAGCUACGUAGUCGGUCUGAUUGACGAGGAUGAGACUCCAGAGCAGGCUGCCAUACGUGAGCUCGAGGAAGAGACCGGAUACAAGGGGGAUACCAUUGUCGAGUCCUCUCCUCUGCAGGUUUGCGAUCCAGGUAUGACCACAGCAAAUAUGAAGCUCGUAGUAGUUCGUGUAACUCUCGAGGACAAGUUGGAGACCCCCGACCAGAAGCUUGACGAAGGCGAGUUUAUUGUCAAGAGGGUUGUCGAGUUGGCCAAGCUUCAUGAAGAGCUCAAAGGCUACGAGGGCAAGGGUUUCGUAGUCGAUGCGAGACUUUCGCAUCUUGCACUCGGAUAUGAUAUGGCCAUCCGUGCCAGCAAGGACCUGUUGUAAUGCCCUCUAACAGUACGUAUAAUUCCACCAGAAUGAGUGUGUCAAUACAUGUACAAAGAUAGCAGCACACCGCGUAUAAUUCCUCAGUGGUAUGCCUUUUUCCCCUUGUCAAUAUGCUUCCUCAGCUUUUGCUGCUUCUCCCUCAAACUCGCCUUCUUCUUCCCCCUCACCUUCCCACUCCCCAAUAUCAUCAUAAUCGGCUUAUUUCUGGCCUUCUCCCGAUUAGUACUGCUACUCCCCACUUCUUUCUUCCUCUUCCCCUUCAAGCUCCCGUAUUUCUCGCGGCCCUCACGGCCCUUCUCGAUGCUCGCGAUGCGCUCUGCAUAAUCCGCCUUGCUCUUCUUGCGCGGGCCGAUGAUGUCCAGCUCGGAGAUGAACGCUGUCGAGUCAAGGUUGCCGGUCUGUGCUGCGGUGGACUUGGUCUUCUCGAGCGCGGCGAGCUUGCGCUUGGCGGCUUUGCCUCCCGAGCCAGAUUCGACUGCUGAUGCAGCCGCUUGUCGUCGCAGGUCAUUGAGUAACGCGAAGUCGGCCGGAGUAAGAAUCUUAGUGGUGGCCAAGCUGGACACGCGACUUGGUCCAGCUUCAGGAGCAGGCGUUGGAGCGUCACCUUGCGAUGGCUUCGCGUCCUCCUUCGCAGCCUUCUUUUCCUGCUCGUCCUCGCUAUCACUGACCUCUAUAUUCUCGUCCCCGUCAGAGUCCACGUCUAUCCACCCCUCACCAUCCGAGCUAUCCUCCGAGGAAUCUUCCUCGACAUCCCAGCCCUUCCAGUCAUCCUCGUCAACCUCUUCCCCUUCGUCGCCUGAUUCGACGCCCUCUUCGCGGCGUAAGGCGCGCAAGUGGUCUUCGAGAAGCACAAGAUCCUCGAUGUCCUCGGCAGGCUUCGAACUGUGACCGUAGGGCAACGGCUGCGCGCCGGAACCUAUGGCCUUCGAGCCUUCUUUACCCCGUUCUCUCCUCUUCAGCAUCCCUGGAUUGACCUCCCGAUAAAGCUGCAAAAGGCCCCUCGCAGCAGCGAUAACGCCCUUAUCCCGACUCUUCCUAUACUCCACCAAGUCUCCGAGGAGAUCCUCCUCCAUUGCCCACGGCUGCCUCCUACAUACCUCCCUAAUCGAAUUCAAGCCGGCGGCGAUUACCUCGCUUCCCACACCAGGGUGUACAAAUUCCUGCGCGAGCUUCCUUACAACCGGCGUGAGGCAGUCCGGCGGGGUGAGGUCGUGCACGGACUGCGCAAGUGCGACGAGGAUGGCGGUGAUCUGCAGCUGGUGGUGCGUGAGGUACUUGACGAUGUACGUGUAGAAGGACAGCACACAGAGCUUGUGCGCGCCCAUAACGCGGGAAAGGAGUUGCAUGAUUAGAAUUUUGUGGGGCAGGGAGAAGCGCUUGUCGUGACGGGCUAGCGAAUCAUGGAGCUUUUCGGCGAAGGUCUGCGGAUCGUUGAGAACUUGCAAAGCCGGAAAGUUGGUUUUAUUCUCUGCGGCCUUGUGAUGUUUUUUCUUCUUUAUUUGCUUUAGCGUCUUUCGAAGCUUCUUCUCGCCGCUACGAGUCUUCUUGUUGAUCUCUCGUCGGUGUUGCAAGGACUUUGGGUCGGGGAUAGCAUCCUCGUCCUCGUCUUCAUACAGUUCGUCCUCGCUGCCCAGGAAGAAAUGGAUGGACGCGCUUUGGACCUUGACGACAGGGUGGAAGCAGCCCAAUGCUAUGAUCGACACGCAAUUGGAGUCGUUCCAGAUCCCCUUCUUCCACAGUUCCGUCGUCAGGACCACAGCCCACAUUGCUUCAUCCCCGUUAUUUCCCAAGCCAUCACUGGAGGGCUUUACUGCUUUGGCCUUUCCCUUAUCACCUACGACCUCGGCUUCCAUGCCUUUCUCCACCAUACCAAAGAGCAUCGCUUGCACCGCCCGAUUGAGUUUAUGAUUUUUUGAGGGAGUGUUGGCAUUUCGGAUAUCAGAUAAUAUGGUGUUACGAAUCGAGGCUCGUAGGGUCGACGAGGUGGUGCGAGGCAGCAAGGGGAAAAGUGUACGCAGCAAUUCGAUGGAGGUAAUAACAUUCUUAUUCCUUAACAUAACCAGAUUCUGCACCAGAUUCUUGCGCAAGUCCGGCGAAAGGAUGGCAUGGCUGUCGAGAAGAAGAGACGAGAGAUGUGAGGGAAAGUCGGCGGUUUCCUUGGGGUAGCACGGCGCUACCUGAGCAAUAAACGAGAUAAGUUCGCGAAAGUGCUUCGCCUGCUCGUCGGGGCUCGUCUGGAAUAUCUGGCGGAUGCUGUUGUAGUGAUUCCAUUGCUGCAGGAACUCUUCCUGAUAUCCGACCGGGUCCCGUUUGAUCAGGUUUUGCAACUGGGGCAAAUUCGAGGUGAGAAGAAUACCGCGCGG